UCAACUUCUUCUAGUCAGCCAUAGACACCUUCAGAGUGGCACUGCGCUCGCUCCUUCUCUCCUGGUCCUCAAUGUGAUCCAGCCUGUCCUUCCACUCCUUUAGGAUGAAGAAUGAGAAUAGAGUGCCUGUUUCCCUCUGUCUCGCCCUGGUGCAGGUCUGCCUUGCAGGAGGUGACUACGCCCCACAUUUUUUUGAUAAUGGACCCAGUAGUGUCAGCGGAAAUAUGGCAUUAUUCAGUCUUUCGGAAGACACGCCCGUUGGAACGCAGAUAUACAUUCUGAAUGGGACAGAUCCAGAGGGUGAUCCAGUCAGGUUUGGCUUGACAUUUGAAAAGGGACUUAAGGAAUACUUCAAGGUUGACCCCAAGUCUGGGAAUGUUACCCUUAUUGAAGAACUGGACAGAGAAAUACAAGAUGAAGUUGAAGUUCUCGUCAGUAUUACCGAUGGUCGUAAUAAAGUGGUUGAGAAAGUGAGGGUGUUUGUCACCGAUGCAAAUGAUGAACGUCCACAAUUUCAAAACCUUCCAUUUACUGUUGACGUUCCAGAGGACACACCCUCUGGGAACAGUAUUUUCAAAGUGCAGGCGUUAGACAGAGACACGGGUUCUGGAGGUAGCGUCACAUACUUCCUGCAGGAGCCUUCCAUGACCAAGUUUUCCAUUGAUGGACACAGUGGCAUUGUCCGAAUCAAGCCUGGCGAAUCUCUUGACUACGAGAGGACAAGGACACACUUCAUCACGGUGGUCGCCAAGGAUGGUGGUGGAAAAUACAAAGGGAAGUACCAGGUGUUGACGUCGACAGCAACUAUGACAAUCAAUGUGAUUGACACCCAGGACAGUCCUCCAAACUUUAUUGGAAUGCCUUAUUUUGGAUUUGUUUAUGAAGUCUCAGUACCAGGCUCUGAAAUACUUACGGUUUAUGCCAAAGAUGGAGAUGAAAACAAUCCUAAUCCUAUUUAUUAUUCCCUGCUUGAUGAAAGUGAAGGUGUGUUUACCAUAAACAGUACCAGUGGGUGUAUUAGUCUUCUAGUUUACCCAAUCCAACUUCAGAAGGAAUUGUAUGUGCUGAGAGUCAAGGCAUCAGAAUGGAAUGAGGCCAAUGAGACGUCAGAUUACGCCGUCACCUCGGUGACGAUCCGAGUGGUGGACCUGAACAACCACCCGCCCACCUUCUACGGGGACAGCGGGCCGCAGAACAGGUUCGAGCUCACCAUGUACGAGCACCCUCCGGAGGGGGAGAUCCUGCGCGGCCUCAAGAUCACUGUCAACGACUCUGACCAGGGGGCCAAUGCUAAGUUUAACCUCAGGCUGGUCGGGCCCAGCCGAGUUCUCAGAGUCGUACCCCAGACUGUUCUAAAUGAGGCACAGGUCACCAUAAUAGUGGAAAACUCUGCGGCCAUCGACUACGACAAGCAGACUUUCUUGACCUUCAAGCUCCUCGCCGUUGAGAUCGAUACGCCUGAGAGGUUCAGCUCGACGGCCGACAUCGUCAUUCACCUCCUGGACACCAACGACAACACUCCCAAGUUCUCCUCGGAAUACUACAUCGCCAGGAUACCGGAGAAUUCCCCCGGCGGUUCCACUGUUGUGUCUGUAACCGCGUCUGAUCCGGAUUCAGGCCUGUGGGGGGAGGUCAAAUACUCCAUCUAUGGAUCGGGGGCCGAUCUGUUCCUUAUUCACCCAACGUCAGGAAUAAUCUACACUCAGCCGUGGGCCACCCUGGAUGCGGAGGUGAAGUCCAAGUACAAUUUCUACGUGAAGGCCGAGGACACGGAGGGCAAGUACAGUCUGGCAGAGGUCUUCGUCACCGUCCUGGACCUCAACGACCACUCACCCGAGUUCAGCACAAACUUUCUAGAGAAGACCAUGAUUAUCGGAGCACCGGUAAAAAUAGAGGCGGUAGACGAUGAUGCAGAACAGCCCAAUAACGUCAUCGAGUACUCCAUCAUGAAGGCAGACCCGGAUAACAUCUUCGACAUCGACGCGGACACCGGCGAGAUCAAGGUGAAGCCGUACAUAAAGUCCUUGGAGAUCGUGCAGAACAUCACCAAGAAGACGGACUGCAAGUGGUCGCUGGUGGUCCAGGCCCGGGACCGAGGCUCGCCGUCUUUCAGCACCACCGCUGUGGUCAAGAUCGACCUCACGGAAGAGACUCAACUCAAGGGGCCUAUGGCAACCUUUUUAAUGCAGAGUAGAGACAAUCCCAUGAAAGCCCUAGGCAUGAUCGCUGGUGUCAUUAGUGUAAUGGUAGUUGUGACGGUCGUGAUCUCGACAGCCAUGUUCAUGCGCAACAUAAAGUCCAACAGGAUAAUGCCAGCCCGUCGAGUCAUCCGGAGGAGGCCCAGAAAUCAACGCCCCUGGACUUUUGGCUUGCCAAUGGUUCGCCGUGGCAACCGGUCCGACAAGUUCUGCGUUGAAGACCUAGAUAGCACUGGCGAUAAUAUCAACCUGAACAACAACACCAGCGCCCCCCCACCACUGCCACCCUCCGCCCCCACCCUGCCCCCGCCCCCUCAGUACUACCACAAGCACAAGGAGGGAAAACAAGCAGUGCCUACUGUCUCAGGCUCAAUGGAGUCCAUUGCCUCCGGGAUGCCGAGGAGGGACAGAGACGACACUGUCAGCUCCGCGCUGGUCUCCGAGCUCAAAUUGAGGCUGGAACAAAAAAUGAUGGAGAGCAACAGAGGCUAUUAUUAAUGCUCUUUGUGUGUCAUUGUGAAACGGGCGAUUGCACGCUCACACGUUCCCGUGCAUUUUAAUGAGUUACAGUGAAGGAGUGCUGCAAUUCCUGCAGGUAAUCAUGCAGGCGUCCGAAACAAGUUCCAGCCGAAGUCAUGCCCUGAACAAGAAUCUGAUCUCUCUGGACUUCAUUUGUGCUUACUACCCGGAUUCUGUUCAGGACAUUUUACGUGUGUCCAUCAAAAGGUUAUUGAUUUGCAUAAAAUGAGCCCAAAGCAAAAUAUGUUUAUAUUGCGCCAGAGUGAAUUGGAUAUUAAUAUUGUUUUUUCAUGUACAAUUUUGUGUUUUUUGGGGACUUUUUUAUUUGUUAAGUUUAUUUUGAGAAGUCUUCUCAGCUUUUUGUGCUACCACUUGAAAUAGCCUCAUCGAUAAUUCAUAUCCUACACCAGGAGGCUUAAUGAAUAUGUUUCCAAUAGGUUAAAAUAAAAACAAAAAACAACAAAAAAACUAUUUAUUAGUCAUUAAAAGUUAUUAGUCUAUUUAUAAGUACUAUUGCCGUUUUACGAUUUAAAUAGCUCUAUAAUGCACUACUAUUUUCCAGGUUAUAGUGCACUGUCAGUUUUAAAAACAUAGAAAUUUAAUGACGCAAUAUCAUGUGUUACUUUGUAUGAAAAUGUCUUUUAUAUUUUGAUGUUUGAAAUGUCUAUUAAACUGCUAUUAUUAUGAAAAUGUAUUAUUGAAAUUAUAACACUGUAUGAGGUUGGCAUGGUGAUUUUCGGUUAAACGUAGCAGAGAUGGGACCACAGCAAGAGGUUUAAGUCAUCAGGCGUAUAAAAAACAUGACACAAUAGCGACGAAAAGCAGUGCGAUGCAGGAUAGUUCCGCUGGGAAAAUCGCUCAAAAACGCAACGAGAGAGCGGGUUUAAACGGAGAAAUGCUGCCGUUGUUGAUGAGGGCGUGAGCUCGGUUCAACGGCUGGAAAGCAGAGGCAACAUCUUCAGACCGUCCGCGUCAAGUUGAGUCAGCUAUUUUGUUGCGGCAGCUGGCUGGGAUGGCAGUAACCCGGCUUGCUGCGUAGUCGUCAAAAGCACCAGAACUGCAGUUGGGGAGUAUUACUCCUGGACAACCUGACUAAGUACCGCAACAAAACAACAAAACUAGAUGUAACAUAAUUUUUUUAAUUUCAUUUUUACUUCAUGGAUAAUCCUGCUGAUAUUUCUAUUUAGCACUGCUCCUGUUUCUCAUGGUUCUCAUUCCUAUAGCUCAAGUGUUUGAUUUGAGAAAUAUUUUAGAUUGUAAGGAACCUGAAUUUAUUAAUUAAAAUGAAAGCCACAAUUAUGAUUAAUCUAGGAAAUGUUGUGGUACACUAAAAUAUUUAAAGGGCCAAAUAUCAAAAACCAAUGUCUUUUCAAUCUUUGUGCUCUGUGGUGGCAAAUAAUCAUCUUGAUCGUACUUUCCAGAAAUAUUGUUUAAAAUCUUAAUCAAGUCAAUACACUGAGUACUAAGUAAUUAAAAUAAAAAUUUUGAAAUCAAACAUUAAAGACACAACCCACAGCACGUCAAACACACCAGAUAAUGCAAAUGAUUUACACAAGAACGUCACAGGUGUCAAAUAAAACAGUUCAAGUGACAAAAAUGUGCAACUAUCUUAUUUUUCUUCCAAUCAUGGUAUAAUAAUAAUUAAUCACACAAUGGCAAUUACUUAUGAAGUAUUUUUGCUAAUAUGAGUCUGGAUUGUAAAUUACAAUAUCAUUUAGUAUAUUGCCUAUAAUUGUGAUAUAGUGCACCUUAAUUGGUCACUGGUUGGCCUAUUGUUUGUAUAAAUUAAUGUUUAUCAUGUUUCAUGUGUGGCAACACCAUAUUGCAUCCAUUAUCACAGAACAAUGCGAUGAUAAUAUACCUGAAAUGGUAAUAUGAUUGCCAGAAAAUAUAGACUUGUUAUACAUGAACUAUUGUUACACAUGAGCAAACAGGCCCAUUUUUGUGCUGAUGUGUACUACAAAAUGAGUAUUGCAAAAGUUCAUCUUUACAUUAUCUAAAGGUCCCAGAUCUCUCAUACUGCUGUGAGAGGUAGUUCCUAUGUCAUUUAAAAUGGCAGCCACAGCCCUGGGUAAUGUGCAAUGCUCAUUUAAAAAGGCUAUGUUCUUGUCCUGGGAAAAAUUUGAAAAAAUAAUAAUAAAAAUAACUUUGGAUUUACAAAUAAUGUGUGAUAUGGUAAAUAGUGGGCAGUUAAAAUUGCCAAGGAAACAUUUAUUUAAUUGCAUAAAAAACCUUUUGUUCAAAUAUAUAUAUGGUACUUGUAACGUUUCAUGUAAAUGAGGUAUUUACGACAUUCUGUCUGUUUUCAAAUAUAUUCAAUUAUAAAUAAUUAAUUUGAAGGUGAAGUUUUCAGGGUCAUUCCACACAGUUGAUAUUGUUUAGUUUAUAGUGACUACCACCACUGGCAUUGUGUAUCAUAAUCCUUUCCUGUAUUUUAUGGAAUCAAUAUUGUUUCACAGUAUAAACUGAAUGUGAAACAAGCGUGCAACAUGUACUUUUCUGUAUUUUAUACUGAUUAUUUUGAUAAAUAAAUGGCAUCAAUUUG